AAACAGCGGAACAUCUUCCUCGCAAAAACAAAAAAAAAAAACAGCGGAACAUCAUCGGCACCGUUCGUCACACUGAACUUGGAGAAAACAUCCAUCCAUGUCCGCCGCGGCGGCGCCCUUACCACGGCCCCCGCCGGCGCCUCCCCUGCCGCCUGCCACACCCUUCCACGACGACUCUCUCCACUCCCUCCUCGCCUCCCUCUCCUCCCCCGCAGCUGCCCGCCUCCUCCCCGUUCCUCUCCUCGCUUUCUCCCGCCUCCGCCACCGCCUCCCUUCGUCUUCCCACUUCCUCCUCCGCCCCAUCGCUUCUCUCCUCCACCUCCACCGCCCCCACCUCCGCGUCGGCGCCCAGCUCCAUGGACUCUCCCUCUCCCUCGGCCUCUCUCGCCACCCCGACCUUGCCCCCCGUCUCCUCUCCCUCUACUCCUCCCACCCCUCCCUGCUCCCCUACGCCUCCCGCCUGGCCGCCGAGUCCACCUACCCCCUCGCCUACAACAUCCUCAUCUCCGCCUGCCUCCGCCACGGCCUCCCGCGCCAGGCCCUCGCCGCCUACCAACAAAUGUCCAAUCACGCCGUUCUCCCGGACGCCUUCACCUACCCUUCCGUCCUCCGUGCCUGCGCCGAGGCCGGGGACCUCGCGCUGGGGCGGGCGGUGCACCAGCACGGCGCGGCGGGCGGGAUGGACGGGCACUUGUUUUUCCAGAACGCGCUGGUCUCGAUGUACGCCAAGUGCGGGGACCUCGUUGCCGCACGCACCGUGUUCGAUGGAAUGCCACACAAGGACGCGGUGUCAUGGAACACGAUCAUCUCCGGGUAUGUGGCGGCUGGCCAAUCGCGGCAAGCACUUGACCUGUUCCAACGGAUGCGAGCAGACGCCUCGGCGGAGGUGCCACAUUCAGUGACAUGGAACACGAUUGCUGGGGUAUACGUCAAGACGCGCGACCACAGGGCAGCGGUUGAGCUGAUCCGGGAGAUGGUAAACGGCGGCGCAGAGGUGGAUUUCGUGACAAUCGUGAUCGGGCUCAAUGCCUGCUCACGGGUUGGCUGGCUGAGGCUGGGCAAGGAGAUCCAUGGGUUAGCAAUCCGCAUGCGCUGCGACACGGUCGAGAGCGUAGGCAAUGCGCUGAUCACCAUGUAUGCCAGGUGCAAGCAUAUGGACUCUGCUCGCAGGCUGUUCGAAAUGCUGGGUUGUAAAGGCGUGGUAACAUGGAACACAAUGAUAGCCAGCUUUGCGUUGUCCGAUGAUGCCGAAGAGGCUUCCAAGCUUUUCCGCGAGAUGGUAUGCGGAGGUGUACAGCCUAAUUAUGUUACUGUCGUCACGUAUCUAGCCCUCUGCGCCCGUGUUGCCAAUCUGCAGCAUGGGCAGGAGCUCCACGCCCACAUCGUCAAGCAUGGUUUCAAAGGCUACCGCUUGUUGUGGAACUCUCUUAUUGACAUGUACUCCAAAUCAGGGAGGCUCUUGGUAGCACAAAAUGUCUUCGAUACCAUGGAUGACCGUGAUAUGAUAUCCUACACUUCGAUGAUAGCAGGGUACGGGAUGCAGGGGAAAGGAUCAGUUGCGCUGCAGAUUUUUUACCAGAUGGUUGAUAGCGGGAUCAGGCCCGAUCACAUAAGCAUGGUUACUGUACUCACUGCGUGUAGCCACUCUGGACUUGUGACGGAAGGAGAAGAGCUUUUCGAUAAGAUGACCAGUUCAUAUGGUAUAAAGCCUCAGAUGGAGCAUUAUUCUUGCAUGGUUGAUUUAUAUGCACGUUCUGGACUAAUAGAGAAGGCAGAAGGAAUGCUCAAUGACAGCUUUUUCCCUUCAACAUCCACGAUGUGGGCAGCAUUAGUCGGGGCUUGCCACGAGAGAGGCAACAUAAAAGUUGGUGAAAGGGCAGCUAGGAGGCUGUUGGAGAUGAGGACAGAGAAUGCCGGUCACUAUGUUCUUAUUGCUAACAUGUAUGCAGCUGCGGGUUGCUGGGAUGAGCUAGCAACAGUCAGGAAACUGAUGCGUGACUUAGGUGUCACAAAAGCACCUGGGUUGGCAUGGGCUGAUCUUGGUAAUGGGUUCACCCCCUUUUUGGUUGGAGAUAGAUCAAACCCUCUAGCACCAGAGAUCUAUGAGAUUUUGGAUGAACUAUCAGAACAAAUGAGGAAUGUCAGUAAUUGUAGCGAUCUUGACAUAGUAGAGGUACUCACAGAUCAAAACCAGUAGUCAUAGGAUAGGGCCACUAUGCUCUUUCAUGUAAACCACAGUUCAUGAAUCAACUCGAUAUUGAGAUCACACAAUAAAGCAUAGAGGUGAUAACACAAAGAGGCAGACAUAUAUUUAUAAAUAGUCUCCUCGAGGUAGGUGCUAGAAGAUGGACUACUGAACAAGAUGUGUUUCAAACUGAUCCAUGUGUGCUGCGUUGGCCUGCGGAAAGCACUGUGCCUAUGUCCAUUGUGUACAAGUCUCAUUUCUCUUGGCAAGUGAUGCUUCUCAGGCGACGUUCACCAGUUCCCAGCAUUUGCUCAUGAAAAGAGAAGGCUUUCUAAAGGAUGGGAAAACAUGUUCGUGGCUGCUAUCUUCUUCGCAUUCGCAGUGACGAACCGCCUUCAUUGCGUUCAUGUCACCUCCACUUCCGUAUUGUUUGGGUUGCCCUUGCAGAGGCACCACUGCCAGGGUGCUUGAUGCCUGGCCUAGCUGUCUCCAUCGUCUGUCCUCUCAGGACGCCUCUCUGGUCCUCCCUGAGCUUCUGCACCGCCUCAGCGAGUCAUGCACUAGCUCGCGCCCUGCCCCCUCGGCAGCUUUGGCUGUGGCACUGGCACCUGUGGUACCGUGUCUCAUUGGGCCUCUUGGGUGUGGUUCGAGCUGAGAAGCGAGGAGGUCCGUAGAUUCAGCAACGCGCUCCCAGUUUACUCAACCAUGCCCAGAUCUGUACGCUUCCCCAUCACCUCUAGGUGGUCUCGAGCGGCACCAGGACGUGGAGGAGCUGCUCUGGUGGCUUCGAGCGGUACCAGGAUGCAGAUGAGCUGCUCCGGCGGUCUGAUGUGGCAUCGGGGACCUGACCCCUUGUGUCUUCCUCUGCUUCUCUGUUCCACAUCUGCUUGAGUCGACUGCGGGCAUCUUGCUCGGCUGUGCUCCGUGUCCGCCGCGUCUGCCAUCUCUGCCGUACCCUGAUUUUGCCGGUUCCUACAUUGCAUGAGGGACGUGGCACUGUAAGCGCUCAGGGUGGGGGCAUGUGGCAAGGAGCUCCACACAGACGGGCAGUCGCACAAGGUUUUUACCAGUAGCUGACUAGGAAAUCGAAGUGAAUGGCCAAGAUCACUUCGUAUGAAAAUGAAGACCUGGUUAGUUUCAUUCUAUUCAACUGUGCCAGCAAUGCCAACAGCCCUGCUAAAAUAUGUGUCGAAGGCUCAAUGCAGACACAUCACUGGAAACUCCUUGUGCAUUUAGGUCGAAUCUGGGAAAACAGAAACCGAGAAAUUGGAAAGGUUACAUAUGAACUAGGUUUCUUCAUGGUAGAUUGCCAGGGAGGAAUUAUGUAAGGUAAAAUUGCACAGAGCAGUUUAAAGAACGGAAAGAAGGUGUAUCUAUAAAUUUUAACAAUUCAUUAUUGCGGAAGAUUGGGAUUUGAGAAGAGGCUUUGGCGUUGGAAGGCGUUUUUAUUGAAUUGACUGAAUUCGAUAGAGUGAUGAAGAGAUUUUGGUGUCUCAAACAUUGCUUCGUACUUUUCCAGUGUGAAAACCAGAUAUAUUUCCUUCACUUAACAUAUCUAGUAAGUGGUAAUGACGACACAAGUUCAUCGCCUCUUUGCUGAAGGUGCUGUCUCAUUGGUUGAACUUGGCUCUUUCAAAGAUGAAAAUACAUGAUCAGUCCUUUGCGGGUUGGAUUCAGCAACUUCGGUGUGUGUGCAUCCUGCUUCCUGAAUAUAUGGGCCAUUUGGCUUCCUAAGGGACAUAUGAUUAAUUGGCAUUUACUGGUUGGACUGACCAUGCUCUUGGACAUGAUUAAUGUUUGAAGGCAAUGUUUUCCUAACGAUACACUGCCUCUUCUGGCCUCUAUUGAUAUCCGCAUAUACAGUAACAUUUUUGUUUGUGUGCAUCAUCAGGAUGUAAACGCUCAUACAGUCAUACCCCGCAAAAAAGAUGCAAACGCUCAUCCUGGAGAGCACUGCCAUUUUGAGGAACAUAACUGCUGCUGUCCCGGAGAGCACUGACACUUUGAGGAACGGUGGCUGACGGUGAGGGUGAGCUUCAAAAAGGAGCAGAAACUCUUUGAUGUUCUGCAGCCCUGGUGAUGCUAACUGGCUGGUCGCUUUGGAAACAACGCAACGCAAGAGUGUUCAAUAACCCCAUGAGGCAAUGCAAUCCCCAUGUGCUGACUGUUGACUGACCACAUCCUGGAGAAGCUCAGUAGCUGGGUUAGCACAGGUGUCGGAGGGAGAAACUAUGCACUGAGUAGCUAGUUUUAGAGUUUAGGUGGGUGUGUUGCUCAUCCCUUUGUUCACAAAGUGGUUUCGACUCUUGUAAAUAGUUUCUAUCUUCCAUAAAGCUAUGGUAUGCCUUUGGCAUAAUCUCGCAAAAACGAUUUCAAAAUCAUAGGAAUGGAAAAAAGGCAGGAUCCAUGUCGCUAAAAUUAAUUGUGUUUAUACAAAGUUUUUUUAUUA